GUGGUGAUCUGGCAUGUAUCCGAUCAGCUUGAGAAGGUAGCUUGAAGAAACUUAAUAAUGAUUGUAUUGAUCUCUACUAUAUUCAUCGGAUUGAUAUUCGGGUCCCAAUCAAAGUCACGAGAUACAACAAUGGUGCCAAAAGUGAAAUUAGGUUCACAAGGUCUAGUCGUUUCAGCUCAGGGGUUGGGUUGCAUGGGUAUGUCCGGAAACUACGGACUCCCCAAACCCGAACCCGAUAUGAUCAAACUCAUCCACCACGCCAUUGAUUCCGGCGUCACAUUCCUUGACACCUCCAACGUCUACGGCCCUCACACAAAUGAAAUCCUCAUCGGCAAGGCUUUGAAAGAAGGAGGAUUGAGAGAUAAAGUUCAAAUUGCUACCAAAUUUGGAGUACGAGUGAUUGAUGGAAAACCGGAUGUUUGUGGUGAUCCAGCGUAUGUCCGGUCAUGUUGUGAAGCUAGCUUGAAGAGACUUGAUAUUGAUUGUAUCGAUCUCUACUAUGUUCAUCGGAUUGAUACUCGAGUCCCAAUCGAAGUCACGAUGGGAGAACUGAAGAAACUGGUUGAGGAAGGGAAAGUGAAGUAUGUGGGAUUAUCAGAAGCAUCUGCCUCUACAAUCAGAAGGGCUCAUGCUGUUCAUCCGAUAACAGCAGUACAGAAUGAGUGGUCUUUAUGGUCAAGAGAUCUGGAAGAUGAAAUUAUUCCUACUUGCAGACAACUUGGCAUUGGGAUUGUUCCUUACAGUCCGAUUGGCAGGGGGUUCUUGGCUUCGGGUCCUAAUUUGGUAGAAAGCUUGAUAGAGGGCGACAUGAGGAAGAGCAUGCCAAGGUUUCAGAAUGUGGACCACAAUAAAACUGUAUUUGAGCAAGUGAAUGAGAUGGCUACAAGGAAAGGGUGCACCGCGGCUCAACUAGCGCUAGCCUGGGUACACCACCAAGGAACCGAUGUGGUUCCAAUACCAGGGACCACAAAACUUGAAAAUUUUAACCAAAACAUUGGAGCUUUGUCUGUUAAGUUAACCCCCGAGGAAAUGGUGGAACUUGAAUCAUUUGCAUCAAGUGAUGUAGUGAAGGGGGAAAGGCAUUCAUACAUGCAAAUGACAUGGAUAAAUUCAGAGACUCCUUCGUUGUCAUCUUGGAAAUGUAAUUAACGUGUUGUUGCACUAUAUACCAUUCGUCAUUCCCAACUCGCAAGUACUAGUACCCGAGUUGCUAACCUGGAAGCUUUCAAGUUGUAAGAUCUUUGCCGUGUCAGCUUUCCUUUUCUAAAUGAUGCUUCAAUAAUUGUACCAUUGGUUUGGAGGUUCAAAAUGUGUUUUGAAAGAUUGCAACUAUAUUGGAUGUUUUCAUAAUGGUUACUUUCAGCAUAUGUUGACUUC